CGAUUCACGACAGGCUUUGGUCAACUUUUGGUUGAUGGCCCGUUGAUCAAAACUUGGUGCCACAAUCAGAGCGCUUACAAGGUAAGCGCUCAUCACAGCAUUUUCAAGCAAAGACUUCAUGUGUCCGUACGAUAUGCCGCAGCCGCAUUGGAGAACGUUUACUAGAUCAUUGACAGCUAUUUUCGUUCUACACUGCCCAAUGUUCAUUGUCAGUACUGAAAGCUACCAAUAUGCCCUUAACUGCACAAGAGAGAACCGCUUUGAAAUCUUUGCCCAAGCGUAUCCAGCGCUCAGCAGACGGAGCCCUUGAAGGCGUUGUGCAUGAUCUCCGCAAACUCUAUAUAUGGGUCGAUAAUUCCACCGAUGUCGAGGCGAACAUGGCGUUGCUCCCUAUCUUUUACACUCAUCUGGAUCCAGCUGUGAUCCCCGAUCAACUUCUGCCGACCGAUGAUGUCCAAAAAGUCGUCAUCUUGGCCAAAAUCUCAUUGAUGAGUAUCGUACAAAUGUGUGUUAGCUUGCGUGGAGUUCUCAAUGAAAGUCUCGCGGACAAGAUGAUUACGGAUGCACUAGUGCGACGUUGGGACACUCUCUUUCCAUGGCUGCAGUUCAUGUAUCGGCAUUUUCUACCUUUCCCGCCUCGAAGGGACCCUCCAAAAGGUUUCGACGUCUGCGAUGUGGAAGCAGUCUCCAUUACAACUCGUGCCCUCUCGCAGAUGGCAGUCUCCGUUGCAGGACAACACCUAGUCCAGACAAACAUAGCUGUUCAACAGUUCAUUGCGAAGCUAUGGCUUUAUAUUGGGAAAUUGAAGGAUGAGGAUUUGCUCCGGCAUGACGCAUCUUUUCGGCAUGAUGGGAAGGAGGGCGUCGAUGAUGAAAUGACGGGACACGUGAGGAGGAUUAUGGUCGGAAUCAUUACAACGUGCAUGGGUGCGCUUCCAGCACCAUCUGCUCUGCCUACUCUGCACAAUCUACUUGACGCAAUGGGUGGAUACGAACCAUUCGUAGCAUCGGCACUACGAUAUAUCCGGUGGUUCGGGAGGAAGAUCGGUGAUACGAACAAUCGCACGACUCCAAAUUAUGGAUUUGUGACCGCGAUGAUGGGAUUUGUCGAUGCUUUAUCAGUCUCAGUCCGCUUUCUCUCCUUGGUCAGCAUCAUGGACGCUACGUGCCAAGAAGAGCUCAUCUUGCGUGGCGCACCUUCGGAUGUUGUGACAGCUUCACUUCAAACAUGGCCGGUUCUCAGUGGUACGAGGGUCACUUCCUCAACGGAAACCUCGACUGCAGAUAGAUGCACUAUGAUCCUGGAGGAUACCUUCGAUUAUAUAGAUGUGAUACUGCGUCAAUCAGAGGCGUGUAUUCCAGCUCUAUGUCAGGUCCUCGAUGCCGGAUUGAUCCAGUUGGUGCUGCAGGGUGGGUUCCGCUGCCCGCAGAUGGCCUCUGGUGUCCUCAAGCUCAUUCCGCAAUUUUUGAUGUACCACUAAAGUAUUGCACCACUUCCAAAAAGCAAUGGAUCGAACUGCCGAUGGAAUGGCUCGUCUUGGACCUCACGCAAAGAAAGACGAUGAGGUGCACCAGUCAUGG